UUAAAGGGCCAAACGGCGGGCAAUUCGAAAAGACCCCAAAACACUCCAGUUGUCCACGUCCUUUUCCCACCAAAACUAGAAACCCUAAAAUCACGUCCUGGUCCAAACCCUCCUUCACUCUCAGACCUCCAAUGGCGAAACAAGAAGAAGAGGAACACGACACCGCAGCAGAGACCAUCGCCCCGUCCCUCCCCCCAAGCCGAGUCAAGAAGAUCACGAAACUCGACAAGGAAAUCAACAAGGUCAACGCGGAAGCCCUGUUCUUGGUCUCCUGCUGCACCGAGCUCGCCGAGGAAUCGGCCCAGGUCGCGGUUGAGAAGAAACGGAGGACGGUGAAGCUCGAGCACCUGAGAGUCGCCGUCAAGAGGCCGACGAGCGAUUUCCUCCUCGAGUCGCUUCCGGUGGCUUCUGAGCCAGUUGUGGAUCCACGGAAGGCGGUGGAGAGAAACCGUGGGGGUACUCAUCGGAUUGAUGAUUUCUUUCGCAAGGAUUCUUAGUUUUUUGGGGCAAUUUAUCGAUGUUGAGUUGAUUUA